CCUUCGAAGUUCUCUUUUUUUGCUCCCCAUCCGAUGCCUCUAACUCCAAUGUAACCUCGCCCCCAUUUCUCUCUCUCAUAUCUCUGUGGUCUCUAGUCUAGGGGAGAAGAAACACAAAUCAAGUAAGAAGUUUCAUUAAUUUUAAUGGAUUCUCCGUUGUCAUUUCAAAUCCCCUCGAAUACCUUCCCUCACCAACCACCAGGCAUUCCGAUUUCCACACCCACUUCUGCAGCUGCUGGAGCUCCAACCCUAAACUUAUUGGUGCCUAAACCCGAGCCUUUUGACGAAUUCCUAGCGACAACACACGAGCCUCAGCCUCAGCCUCAGCCUCAACAACAAGAACCCGAUUUGUACUCCGAGUUUGAUCGGGUCUCCGAGCUCUUCCGGGUUGCCUUCGGCAAAACCUUGCAACAGCAGUUCGGAGUUGUCGAGGAUGUUGUUGUUCCUGCGGAACCAAUUUCGGACUUAAACCCGGACCCGAAUUCUGUUGACCCGGUUGUUCGGGACCCGAACUCGCAAGCAAUCGUUCCAAUGCAGCAGCUGGAAUCAUCUGCGGGGGCGGGGGCGGGGGCGGUGGCCAGGCGGAGGCAGAACCGGAGGAAAGAGCUGGUGAGGAUGAUAGAUCUGGGAAUGAAGGAUCAGAUGCAUUUCCGGGAGGAGGUGAGGAGGACGAGGAUGAUCUAUGACUCGCUGCGCGUUUUGGCGACUGUGGAGGACGAGAAGAGAGCGGCCGCAGCGCCUACUGAGCCAGAGGAUGACAAUGGCAACAGACGACGGCGCGUGCGGGUGCGAGGUGACCUGACAGCGGCAGCAGCCAUGAGGGAGCGUGGUUUGUGGCUGAACCGCGAUAAGCGGAUCGUUGGGGCAAUUCCUGGAGUGUGCGUUGGAGAUGUGUUCCUAUUUAGGAUGGAGUUGUGUGUGCUUGGUUUGCACGGUCAGAUACAGGCUGGCAUUGAUUAUCUUCCCAGUAGCAUGAGCUCCAAUGGGGAGCCAAUAGCUACUAGUGUGAUUGUCUCGGGUGGAUAUGAGGAUGAUAUGGAUAGUGGCGAGGUUAUAAUCUACACUGGUCAUGGAGGUCAGGAUAAGAAUUCUAACAGGCAAGUGGCGCACCAGAAAUUGGAGGGAGGAAACCUUGCAUUGGAAAGGAGUAUGAAUUAUGGGAUUGAGGUGCGUGUUAUUCGGGGGAUGAGGUAUGAGGGAAGUGCCUCCGCCGCAGGUAAGGUUUAUGUCUACGAUGGAUUAUAUAGGAUUGUUGAUUGCUGGUUUGAUGUGGGCAAAUCUGGUUUUGGAGUUUAUAAGUAUAAGCUUUGGAGAAUUGAUGGGCAAGCCAAAAUGGGUAGUGCUGUUCUUAGAAAUGCUAGUGAUAUUAGAAAAAGUGGACCGGAUUUCAAACCAAUUCAUUGUGUUUCUGUUGACCUUUCAAACAAGAAGGAGAAUGUUUCUGUUCGUCUUUUCAAUGACAUAGAUGACAAUGAGGAACCUCUUUGUUUUGAGUAUCUUCCAAGAACUACUUUUCCUCAGUUUGUGUUUCAUCAAAGUGGAAAAGCUACUGGUUGUGAUUGUGUAGAUGGUUGUGCUGAUGGCUGCUUUUGCUCUAUGAAAAAUGGAGGCGAGUUUCCUUAUAAUCAACAUGGCUUUCUUGUGAGAGGGAAGCCUUUGAUUUUUGAAUGUGGCCCUUUCUGCAGCUGUCCUCCUCAUUGUCGGAAUCGAGUUACACAAAAGGGACUGAAAAAUAGGUUGGAAGUGUUUAGGUCUAGGCAGACAGGGUGGGGAGUUAGGUCCUUGGACCUUAUUCAUGCUGGUGCUUUUAUUUGUGAGUAUACGGGGGUUGUUUUGACUAGGGAGCAAGCGCAAAUUUUGACAAUGAAUGGUGACUCAUUGGUAUAUCCUGAUCGGUUUUCAGAAAGAUGGGCAGAAUGGGGGGAUUUAUCUCAGAUAUACUCUAAUUAUGUGCGUCCAUCUUAUCCAUCAAUUCCUCCUUUAGAUUUUUUUCUGGAUGUGUCAACAAUGAGGAAUGUUGCUUGCUAUAUGAGCCAUAGUUCAACUCCAAAUGUGUUGGUUCAGUUUGUUCUGUAUGAUCACAACAAUUUGAUGUUCCCUCACCUUAUGCUGUUUGCAAUGGAGAACAUCCCUCCAAUGAGAGAGCUCAGCCUUGAUUAUGGGGUUGCUGAUGAGCAGACAGGCAAGCUCUCCAUAUGUAACUGAAUGGUUUUGCAAGGUCCAUUCACUUAUAAUAUGCUGAAGCCGAGUUUUGGGCAUGGUUAACUGAGACUUGCCAUGAUUUUCAGGUUUCAACCUCACCAAAUUUCUUGGAGCUGUGGAACUGCUUGCUAUAUAAACUCUUAUAUCCGGGUAUCCAAAAUCACUUAAUAGCUAUUAUAUUAUCCUGGUUUCUUGUUGGUUAGUUCAUAACAUUUUCAGUGUGGUGAUGAAGAUCAGGGAUUGGAGUUCCAUGUGUGCUUAAACUGUUAAACUUGAACACUUCUGUAAUUAUUCUCUAAUUUGCUGAUGUCAUGUUUGUCCAUUCAUACUCUUGGGCGAAGCAUUUGCAAGUCUUAUCACCAUGUUGUUUAAGCAAGUAGCUCGGAUGUAUUGACUUUUCCUUUGUAUAUAAUGUAAGUUACAAAUUGUACAGGGAUGAUAAUAUGGCCGGCAAUAAUUGAUAAAAUGCUGCAUUGUAGUUAAGUUUAGAAGCAAAUGAGUAGACAUCUGAAAAUCCAGAUCUUUCAAAGACUUCAGGUUUUUUGCCAAUCGAAUUUGCUGUAGAUAUAUAGUUCUGAUUUUUGUUUAUUUUUUUGUUGAUACUGACAGGUCACUUUUUGAUGCACUUAGAUGGCUUCAGGGACCCCUUGUAUAUUAAAUACCUUAUAUUAGCUUGAAGUGCGUUUAGCCGUUUAAACUGGAUUGGUUUGGGUUAUAGCCUCUUACGGCUCUUGUAAGAUGAUGCCUAAUUGCAUGAUUUGCUUAUGAAAAACUUACGAUGAAAUGAACAAAUUGAUUGUUCUAGAGGACACUAGUUUUUGCAGAACACCUCUAAACCUAUGAUGCAUUGGUUCUCCUAAUUAGUUGUCAUACCCAUACCGGGUACUUAUUCAGUACUGGUACUUGUAAGGUAGACAUGGUUACUUAAUACUCGUCCACUGGACUACAAAUCAGUCUGUGCAUAACACCAAGUUUUGUUGCUAAGUUGUAUAGUUU